UGUGUGCCGAAUUGGAAUUGGGAGAGGCAACGGGAGGUUCGGUCACAUCGGCACGUGGUUGCUGAUUCCUGCACUUUGAUUGAUGCGAACGGCUGCUGCGGCUUUCCUGUGAUACCGUUGAUCCCAACUCCCUUCUCUUCUCUCUCUCUCUCUCUCUCUCUCUCUCUCUCUCUCUGUACUCAACCCCAGCUGUUGCUAGCUGUCUCCCUCAUGCCUUGUCAUGUGACCCUCUCCCUCCUCCUCCUCCUCCUUCCACCGCCAGCUUAAGCUGCCAGGCCACCACCUUCACCACCAUGCUAAAGACGAGAGAUGUCUGCGAGAGAGAGAGGGAGGGAGGGAGAGUCACAGAGGACAAUUGUAACCAAGGGAAGUGUCUCCUUCCAUGAAUUUGGAUGCAGGGCAUGAUGCUGCAGCUGCGCAUCUGCCAUGUCAUAAGAUAGCAAGCAUUGGCUGUGCAAUCUGAUCAGCUUAAUUCAAGCUUCUCUCUCUCUCUCUCUCUCUCUCUCUCUCUCUCUCUCUCUCUCUCUCUCUCUGCGUUUGCAUACACAUGCAGGGAUCAGAGGGAACAACGGCGCAGCUCCCUCCCAAAGUCCCUAACACCAUGUCCAACAACUGGCCUUACUUCGCCCACCACCCCGCACCUGCGGCCGCAUUGGCCCCCCAUCAUUUCUUCCCGGCCCACCCUCCGGCCUGGGCCGACGAGUUCCUCGACUUCUCUGCCACCCGACGCAACCAUCACCGCCGCUCCGCCAGCGAUUCCGUUGCCUUCCUGGAGGCCCCGCUCGUGGAGGAGAGCGGAGGCUUCGACCGCCUCGAUGACGAACAGCUCAUGUCCAUGUUCUCCGACGAGAUGACGGCGCCGCCAUCGUCGUCGUCGGAUCAAGACAGCAUGAACGAGGACAAACCGGCUGCUGCGGGUCAGAUGGAGGCGCAAAGCAUGUGCAAGACGGAGCCAGAGGCAGCGUCCGGGCCGACGGCGGCGCAAGCAGGCGCUGAGUCCGAGUCGGUUGUCGACCCGAAGAGGGUGAAGAGGAUCCUCGCCAACAGGCAGUCGGCGCAGAGGUCCCGAGUGCGCAAGCUUCAGUACAUCUCGGAGCUCGAGCGCAGCGUGUCUUCGUUGCAGACCGAAGUAUCAGCACUGUCUCCUCGCGUCGCCUUCCUCGAUCACCAGCGCUCCCUUCUCACGAUGGGCAACAGCCAUCUCAAGCAGCGGAUUGCAGCGCUAGCGCAGGACAAGAUCUUCAAGGAUGCACAUCGAGAAGCCCUGAAGAAAGAGAUCGAGAGACUUCGACGAAUCUACGAUCAGCAGAAUCUCGAUAAAUUGGCGGCUUCCGACGCCGAAUCUGCCGCGCGCACAGAGAAAGAACUGCUUAGCUGACGGAGAGUACGCAGCAGCAGCAGUAGUCGAGGUGGUGGCUUUCAUUAAAUAUGAAUUCAUGGUUUUUACGUUGUAUUCUUUUUCAUCUUCAUAUUCUCUCUCUCUCUCUCUCUCUCUCUCUCUCUCUCUCUCUCCAUUUGAGAGGAAACAGAGCAUGUUUGGGCUGCAGUGGCGCACUUGUGCGUUGCCGAAAGUGAUUGUUCCAAGGCAUCAUUGUGUGUUUAUUAACCGGAGAUCUGUGUGUUCGUUCGAUUAAUCGAUAGAUUAUUCUAAU